AUGCUACCACCGAUAUCCCGCCUGGCUGGCGCCCUUUCGCUCGCCGCCGCCGUCGCGGACGCCCAGUCCACCGUGUCCAUCACGCCCACCGCCAACGCCGCCAAAGCCAGCGGCAUCUCCCAGUAUAUCCCCCCGGACUAUGCGGGUUUUGGAAUCGAGCCCUCCAACCUGUUCUCCUUCACCGGUGCUGAGAGCACCAACGAGUUUUCCGUGAACCUGAUGGAGAACUUGGCCAACUACACCGGCAAGCCUGGUGCCAUUCGCCUUGGCGGCAACACCGGCGACUACUUUCUCUACGAGGCCGACAUGAACGAGUACAAGGUCAAGACGAACGAGAACUCGGUUGGCCAGGGCGCCAUUGCCAGCGAUGCCGACAUCAUUGGCCCCACCUUCUUCGAGGCUGUCAGCAGAUUCCCUGAGGGCACGCCCAUCAUCUUCGGCCUUAACCUCGCCUACUUCCAGGCCGACUACCUCGACCAGAUUACCCUCAUGGCCCAGGCUGCCCUGAACAACCUGUCCAACGUUGAGCUGGUUGCCUUUGAGAUCGGCAACGAGCCUGACUUGUACCUCGAGAACAGCUUCCGCAACGGCACUUGGACUGGCGAGACGUACGUCGACCAGUGGACCACGCGUGCCGAGGCUGUUUACGAGCGCGUUUUGAAGCCCGCCGGCUUGCCCGUCAACUUCUUUGAGGGGCCUUGCACUGCCAGCACUAUCGGGACCACGUUCGAGAUUGACAUGCUCGUCGACAACGGCAUCCAGACCAACGUGCAAGGCUCCAGCAGCCCCUACCUGCGUGCCUGGAACCAGCACGACUACCUUUACUUCAUCGACGUCUCCACUUUCGCCAUCACCGUCGACUGGAUGAUGAACCUGGACAACACCGAGUCGCAGUUUGAGUACUGGGAGAGCCAGAUUGCCAUUGCUCUCAAGACCGGUCUGCCCUAUUAUCUCCGUGAGAUGCAGAGCGUCGGUCCCGUUGGCCUGGCUGGUGUUAGCGACACGUUUGGUGCUGCGCUCUGGAACCUGAACUUCUUCCUUUACGGAGCCACGCUGAACAUGUCGUCAGUGCAGAUGCACAUGACUGACAAUUCCAUGGCCGCUCCAUGGCAGCCCAUCGACCGCAACGGUGUCUCGAAGAAUGUGCGCCCGGUUUACUACGCCUAUGCUGCCAUGGCCCAGUUCAUCGGCUCGGGCAACGGCACCACUCAGGUUGCAACUCUCUCCAACGACAAUGUCCCUACGGACUACAAGAGCAAUGUUCGCAUGUAUGCUGGAUACGGUGGUGGUGAGCUUACGUCAUUCAUCAUCAUCAACUCCAAGCAGGUCAACGCCACGGAAACCAAGGGCAGCCUGGACAUCUCGCUCUCGCUGCCCGAUUACAAGGGCCAGACUCUUUACAUCUCGCGUCUGACUGCUGACGGCGCCGACUCCACCACCGGUACCACUUGGAACGGCAUGCAGUAUUCGGAUGAUGACGGCAAGGCGAAGACGGUCAACGACACCGCGGAAAGCGUCAAUAUCGGCGACAAUGGCAGGGCCACCUUCAGCGUCCAGGAUUCGGAGGCUUUGAUCGCCUACAUUGGUGCCAAGUUGGGUAGCAAUGCCGUUACCCUGAACGGUACCACUGUCAACAGGGAGAACGGUGCUUCGUCGACCACUGCCAGCACGGCAACCCUCGCCGCCAUCGCAACCACCUCUCUCGCCAUCGCCAACAGCAUUACCGGUUCCGCAGCAACCGCUACCGCCACCGCCACGAGCGCGGCCGUAAGGGCAGGCGAUCGUGGAUACGGUAUGACGAUGCUCAUGGCCUUCACCGUCUUUGCCAUUGCCACGUAUCAAAUCUGGUAA